UUCAAAAAUCAACAUCGACAGGCGUCAUUGUAACGACCAGUGUUGUUUACCAGUGCCUAGCAAAACUCUUAAUUUAGCUCUUACAAAUGAGAUUAGCUAGUUCGUCUUGGCUUCGAUGUCAAAAUAAUUGUUUAGCCACCAGCAGUAUUCAGUUGUGUAUUGUAGUUGAGAGCUGCAGUUUCAGAUUUCCCUAUGAUGGAAAGAGCAUUUUGGGUGAUUUUGCUAAUGGGUUCAUUGAUUACACUCAGUAAGUCGACUAAACUGAACGUUCCCAAGAUGCUGUUACCUCUCAGCAUUCAUGUGCCUGUGAACAUCACACUGACAGCACAGAGAGGAUGCUACAAAUGGGUGUCCUCUAAGCCUGAGACUGUCAGGGUGUAUCCUCUCUCUGCGCUCAGCCCUCCGGCUCUGCUGCCCCUCUCCUCCUGCAGUCAGCAGUGCUUGGUGUCAGCUCUGUCCUCCCCCCAGGCUGUCCCUAUCCGUACUGUCGUUCAGGCACAAGACCCUGUAACAGGUCACAUUUUGCGCUGUGACGUCAUCAUUGAUCGGAUUGAAAGAAUUAAGAUCAUCACGACUGCUCGACAGCUUUUUACUGACGAGCCCCCACUGCAGUUAUCUGUCCAGGCAUUUGACUCUGAAGGAAAUACUUUUAGCAGUCUGGCUGGCUUGAAAUUUAAUUGGCAACUGGCAAAGGAGUCUGAUGCAGCACAGACAGUGAGGUUUGUGCGUCACCAUGAUGCCGGGUACGUUCCCCCACCUCAUAUUCAGUCUCUAGAGGAUGUUGGUCUGAGGGGUGAGAGUGUCCUACUGUAUGGGAUUCACAGUGGUUUAGGACUUAUAAAAGUGUCUUUUCUACACCCUGAACAUAAGCAUGUAGAAGCAGCCAGUGUGACUUUGUUUGUGAUAGACAGACUACACUUGAGUCCAGCGGGAGAAACAUACUUGCUACAGGGAUCCACUAUCAGAUACAGUCUGUGGAAAACAGAGCAAGAAGGAGAGACUGGUACAAAUCAAAUCUGGUUUAUGCUGUUUUUGGUGCUGACUGAUUAUAUACAUCGCAUGAACACAUUACGGUUGACACUAACGGUUGCACACAACAAUCUGCCCCCUGAAAUAAUGUCCCAACUCCCUCGCACUUCUGUGUAUGUGGUGAAGCCCAGCUAUAUGACAAUGAGUGUUGAGGAGGAAGAGGACAGAUGGGUGUUGGAGACAGGGCGGCAGUAUUAUUUGACUGUUCGUAUCCAUGACAGCAAGGGCCAUGUUGUUCACCUGUCACAGAAUGUGGUGAUUGUUGUGGAGGAGACUGAGGGGUUAGUGACACUCAAGGUUUCCUCUGAUCCAUCCUGCCAUCUCCUGCAGACCAACAUGAAAGGAAUGACUUUAAUACAGGCCUCACUUUAUAGCAUCUUCUCUAAGGAUGGUGAAGAGUGGCCUGUCAUCCCACCAAUCAGAGUGCGACAGGAAGUCGAAAUCUACAACCCUCUUACCCUGCAGCCCUCUGUGAUUGUGUUUCCAUGGCAACCCCACAAUAAGCUGUAUCAGCACAAUAUUCAGGUGGAGGGAGGAAGUGGCUCUGUGAAAUGGGAAGUGUCUGAUAGUGAAAUUGCCACAGUUACAGUUAAAGGGGUGGUCCUAGCAGGAAAGAGGAGGGGCCAGGCUGAAAUUCUGGUUUCAGAUUCCAAAAACAUCCUACAUAAAGUAGUCGGGAAGGUGAUGGUUGUGAGGCCUGGCCGGUUGCAGCUGAUUCCUCAGAGGGGCGAUUGUCGCAUAGGGGACAGGAUAGACAUUCCCUUCACUCUUUGGGGCAUUCCGGACCCACCAAACACUUGCUCUCAGACACAUUAUGUAUUUGAUGCACAUUCAUACACUCACAGGAACACCAGUACAAAUUCUCAGGCAAACUUCUUCUCCAAUACACACAAUCCUCAGUGUGGAGAGUCUCGACUGGAGGAUCUUGUGGCAGUCACAGACUGCUCUCAGCUCUCUCUACAUGUCCACACUGAACCUUCCGGCAUCUUUACAUGCAUAUCAGGAUCUUUGUCUCCAGGUGCUGAAUUCUGUGGAGGGGUCCGUAUGGAGGCUCUUUCACAGGGACACACUGUUGUUACCAUCACAGUAGUAACAGAGGCAUGCAACAUCAGUGAGACGACAUCACUGGUGGCCUACAGCCCUCUUAAAUCACUUGCUUCUGAGGUUCUUCUCUCGGUGGGCUCAUCUCGUGUGGUUAUAUUUGAGGGGGGGCCUCAGCCCUGGCCCCUGGCCCCCUUCCAUUUCUAUAGUGACAUUGAGGUGCAUCCAACAGGGAGUGUUACCGUGGAGGCACUGAGUCCAACCAAAGCAAGGACACCUCGACAUGCGUAUCAGGUCGUGUGCACCGCCGUGGGAAAACAGUGGUUGGUCUUCAGGUGUGGUAAUACUCCAAGUCCGUUCAACGAGAUUCCCGCAGUCGAGGAGAGCAGAGUUCAGGUGGCAUGUGGCAUCCCCGCUAGUCUCUCUCUCUCUCUUCUCUCAUCGACUACAUCCUCACCUUCAUCCAUUCCUCUGUACUCCCAUCACUAUUCCUGCACUCAGCCUCAGUACCCCUGUGGACUGUUAUCUGUGUCCAGCACUAGGGAUGCUACAUUGCAGUUAUCUGUGUUUGACCAAAAGGGGGUGCAGUUUGAUAAUUUCACUUCCUGUUCGGUGAGGUGGGCCUCCUCUGACCCUGGUCUCCUCUCACUGGGCCCCCAGUCCACAGUGACAGUGGCUGACAGAACAACUCAGACAGGCUACAAACUACAUGCCUGGCAGGUUCUUCAGUCCCACAGACAGACAGGAACCGUGACUGUCAAUGUCACUGUUACAUGUCCAGAGAUGGUGACAGCUCCAGCAUCUCAGUGUGUGAAUCUGCGUUUGGUAGAUGAUGUACAGUGGGCCAGAGACUCUGUCACUUUAUUCAACCAUCCAAAAGUCACAGAAAAUCUGACCUUGAUCAAUGGUUCAGGUCACUUUCAUGUCCAUCUACAAGACAACCAAUUGGCCAGCAUUAACCACAUGACGAACACAAAUAUAAUACAGGUGUCCCCACUUCAGUCUGGUUCUUCAGCUGUUUUGGCUCACGACCUCUGUCUGACCUCUGAUCCUGCUGUGGCCUUCAUUCUUGUCUCUGACAUCACAGAUUUCCAGAUUGACUUCAUUAAUAUUAUUGAGGUCAGACAUUCUGCUGUAGUGCGAGUGCGUGUUCUGGACUCAAAGAAUCAGCCAUUUCUUCAUCAUUUCCUGUUGCUCAUGAACCUCCUACUUAUCCCUUCUUCAUCCAUCAUUUCUGUGGAGGAGGCGGGGCCAGUGGAUGAGUACAGUGUGGGAUUCCAUGUGACAGGCCUGGCAGUGGGCGUGGUCAGUCUCCACCUCUCUGCAGUGGACGGUCAUGGCCGUGUUAUAAGUUCCUCCUACAAGAAUAUACAAGUUUACCCUCCAUUCAGUCUGCAUCCCCGUAAACUCGCUCUGGCAGUUGGAAGUGUGCGACAGGUGAAAUGGGAGGGAGGGCCUCAUCCUCAGUCCAGCAUCAGAUUCACUGUGAGUGACAGCUCUAUCGCCGUGGUAACAGAGUCAGGACUCGUCAGGGGCGUGGCAGUGGGUGUGGUAAAACUCAGAGGAGCUCUCCAGACACAAGAUACAGAAGCACCGCUUACCUUUGUACAGGAUGAAGUUGAGGUGGAGGUGUUUAACCUGACAGCAGUGAGGAUACAGGCUCCUUUAGUUACUCUCUCUGUAGGAACAGAGAUGCCGGUUUACGUGAUGGGGAGGGACAGCGGUCAGAACCCUCUAUCUCUGGGUGGUGUCGAGUCUGGCCUCAGGUUCCACUGGAGUCUGCGUAAACCGUGUGUGCUGGAGAUCAAACCCAGGCAUGCACAGGUGGGCGUUAGUGCGUCUCCCUCUCACAGUUUCUCUGUGCUGGUGAGGGCUGAAGCUCCAGGCAGGACCAGCCUCAAAGUGCAUGUGCAGCUCGAACAGAUACACGCCAGCAAUACUUCACUCUCUGAUCAUCUCACUGAUGAGAUACAGAUACUGGUGUUUGAAGAGAUGCAGUUAACAACAGGAACCCCAGGUUCCAUCCUCAUGUCUCCCCUUUCUCAGUACACCCUGCAGAGCAAUAAAGACACAGUCUGUCCAGUCCGUUACACCCUUAGCCGGUGUGUCUCAGGGGCAGGGCUUGUUACUGUUGACGAUCAAGGGGUGUUGAGGACAGGGCCUGAUACAGGCGUGGCUCUUUUGGAGGUUUUUGCAAUGGACAUUUGUGGUAUCAACCAAACACUGUUGAUCAGCGUGAAGGUGUCAACAGUGUGGUUUGUACGUGUUUUGACUGUGUCAUCCGUGAACAGUGAUGGUGAGAGAGCCUUUCCUGCCUUCCCUCUGGGCUGGAGCAUCCAUAUCAAAGCGCUAUAUUAUGACAGUAUGGGACAACAAUUCCACUCCCAUAAUAUGCAAACACUGGUCACCACUAACAGAGAUGACCUGGUGCAACUGAUAUUUGACAAAGACAAUCAUUCGUUUCUGGUUCAGACGGUGUCACCUGGUAUAACUGUUUUGAGGGUGCAGGGAGACCCUGUAAACCCAUUUCUGAGCGAUUACACCCCUCUGUUUGUGGUGCCUGCCAUCUCAGAGCCCCCAGGAUUAUUGCGCCCUGGAGAUAUCAUCUGUUUCAGCUCUCCCAUUACAGACCAGCAGGGUAAGCGAGGGAGAUGGGAUGUGUCAUCAAGUCAGAUCCUUCAAAUGAAUUCUGAGACAGGAGUGACAUUUGCAAAGAAUUCUGGGACAGUAGUGGUUUACUACAGGCUAGAGGGAGGGCAGCAAACCUUCAGAGAGGUAACAGUGGAGUCUGCGUCCAUUCCUGUGAUCAUUCCUCCUGCUGAUAGGCUCUUCACUAACUGGCCUGAAGCUUCAGAAUACACAGUCAGUGUGGAUCUUAACACCUCUGCUGCCAACAUAGCUCAAUGCAAUAUAGACCAGUGGGAGGCCAUAGACAAGAAACUACAUCCUGAGGCAGAGCUGCUGUGCUCUUUAUACUUUGGCGCCCCCUACCUCGAGAUAAGAAUACUGCAGGACGUCUUUCGCACAACACCCUUCUACAAUACAGACACAGCUCAGUACAGCUGCAAGAUCUCUGUGCAGCCCCAGUCAGACUCUAUCCUCCAUCUUCUGUCCACUCUGCCUCUCUCCAUCUAUCUGUCUGCCUGUCUGCAGACUCAAUCAGCCCCAGCUGCCCUACUGUCGCUUCCUAACUCACUCCCUUCUUUUCAACCCUCCGUUCGGCUCCAGUAUGUACCAGCGUUCCAUUGUCCUGUCACCAAGAUCAAACUGUCCUCUCAGCAGCCUGUGGCUGAAAUCACAGUGUUUGGCACCAUAGACAUGCUCAGUACACUGAGGGUUCAGUCAGACACCCCAGACAUUGCGUUAUCUGAUCCAGUCGGGUCAGAGGAAGACCCCACCCUCCUCCUCGUUAGAGUCUAUUCAGUCUCACAUUUCCUGGAUCAGGUCUCAUCUACUGCAAACAUUACCCUUUAUACAGACCUCUCUCCACAGACACACGUCGUGAUGGUGACUAGAGUGAUGGACAGCCAGGAGUCAGGUCACCUUGGAACAAAUUUUGGGCUUUUGUUCAUUUCGAUAUUUGCACUUUUUGCUGUACUGGCCACCACCGCUGCACUUUUCAUAGCGUACAAUACCAUGCUGUCUCUCAGACAAACUGUACCUGCAGUCCUCACACCCAUUACUAAUACAGAAGAUACAAAACAUUUCUAUCUGUGGAUCACACCUUCACUGCCAACACAAAAAGUCGUGCAGAGAAAACAGUUGCUCUGGAAUACGAACUAACUUAUUGCACCUUCCCCCAUGAAGAACCAUGUACUUGAAAGUUUUGUUACAACAGAUGCUAGUCAUGGUUCAAUCGAUGGAGUUCAGCAGUAAACACAUGCAAACUA